AUGUCGUUUAUUCUCGAAACAAACUAUUUGACAGAUUCAAAGUCCAAUAUAGAAGCAAUACGUAAUGCAGCACAUUCAAUACACAGGCUUCUGGAGAUAUUUGACCUUUUUGAUGAACAUGUAAAUGAUCUAGAUAUAUUAGACUCAUCAAAUGCUAUUAAAGAUACAUUUGACAUAAUAUUACUGCUAUCUAAUGGGAUUUUUUCGGAAUCUGAACUUAGAGAACGUUACACACUAACUGCAUACAAUUGUCUAGCCAUUUUUGAGUCGUUUUCAACCGACGAAGAUUAUGUUUCCAAGGUAAUGAGCAUGUAUUCUAGUUGUAACAGACAGAUAAAGUCUAAGAAUGAAUUACAUACUAAACUAGGGAACCGUUGUCCUGAAAACUCUAAAUUCAACGAGCUGUAUGAGUUAGUGCUCUCCGAAUAUUCAUCUGAUAGUAAUUCUGUAUCAAGUCAAGGCUUGCAGUUAUUUUUAAAAAUUAGGGAGGAAUGGAGCAAACGUUUCGAGUUGUUACUAAAAUUGUUGUUCUUUAUUUCCACGAAAUCAUUUAAUUUAAUCGGGUCGAAUACGUCAGAUAAUAUUGAUUGUUCGCAGGAUUUUGUUGAAAUCAAUUUUGGAAUUGACCAAAAUAUAGUGUCUAAGCGGAUAUCCUAUUCGGAUCUAAUUCACUCAUUCACCCGCUUAAAUUUAGUAAAGCAUUAUUUGAGACUUUUUGAAGGUUAUGUUACAUCAUGUAUAAAGAAAUUAGGACCAAAAGAUGCUCCUAGUGGAUCUACACAAGUAAUUAAUGAUAAGCUUAAUAUAAUUAUGCACUUGAAGUCAACUACAAGCUACAAAAAUAACCCGAGUCUAUGCAAUCAUCUUUUGAAUUCCAUAACUGCACACAUAAACUUGGUAAAAAGUGUAAAAAUAUAUAUCGCAACUGCUUCAAAAUUUUUUAAUGAUUCAUCCGGAACUGUUGUUGAGAUAGAUUCAAAGUAUUUAGAGGAGCUGAUAAAUUCCCUUUUAGAAGAUGUCUUCUGUGAUCUAAUGGGGAAUUUUCCUAAAGAAAUUGCGUUUUUGGAUGGAAUAAAAGUUAUAGACUCCUUCAUAGAACUUUUGAACAAACAUAGCCUUAAUUAUCACGAUAACAUCCAUUGGUAUAAAGAAUAUACCAUAAAAAUUAUGAACAAAUUCGAAGAAUCACUAUUGGAUUAUAUUCGUCAACUUACGAUAAAUCAAUACGAUUCUACAACAUUAAUGAAUCCGAAUACGGUUAAUGUGUACUCUGAUAAUGAAUACAUCUUAAGGCCUGUUGAUCCUAAAUCUGUUGGUGAAAUGAUAACAUCCAUAUUGUCUGAGACCUUUGAAAAGGGUGUCUCUGAACAAUUCAUGAGGCGUAUCAAUUGGUUAAAUGGGUUUGGCUCGCUAUUUGUGUCAAAUAGUAUGUACCUAAUAUCAAUUGUUCUAUUCAGGUUGUCAUUAAUGCCAAACGUGAUACUCAACCAACUCCACAUGUGUGACAGAAUACAUCCAGAAAUUAUUAAAUUGUACGUUGAAAAAAAUUCAAAUAUUAUACAAAACACUAUCCUGCUCUUUGUAUUGCUUUCUUUGAAUACAUUCAAAGACUUUGUUUAUAUGAUACCAAAAUUCUUAAGGGAAAACAAUGAUUCAAAAAUUUUGUUGUCUAACUUUUUGGUUUUCUUAUCCAAUAGCUCAUUUUUUAGUAAUAUUUUGCCAUUGGUUCCAUAUUUAGUGCAGGACUCUCUUGGUUUAUCUUUUACUAUAAUUCCAGAAUUACAAAGAUUUAAAGAUUUAUCGCAUAUUGUAAAAGAAUUGUAUAAAAUAUCUGCAUUAAGACUUUCUUUAUUCAAAGUUAAGGAUUAUUUAGUUACUCAGUUAGUGGCUUUUAAUCAGCAAUGUAUCCAAAAAAUAUUGCUGAAUGAUAUAAAGUUGAUAAACAAUUCUUUCGAAUGCCAUGGAAACGAUCUUAUUGACUGGCUUGUCACAUUUAAGAUAAAUAGCCAUAAGCACCUCCCAACAUCUUUAUACAAGAAAGUCUUCCAGCUAUCUAUGGACUUGUGUUAUUCCAGUAUAAUAAAUCUGUUCCUGGAUUUCUUUGAAAAACACAACUAUAAACUUCCAGAGACGAACAUAUUGAGGACUAGAAUAUACCUAGAUUCUGUCUUGUAUUCGUUACAAGAACAUAUUCUCCCAGAUUGUAAUGAACUAAACAUGGAAUUCGUCAUGGAGGAAAAGUUUUUACAAGUUGUCAAAUUAUUCAGGUAUGAUUAUUCAAUAAUAAGCUCGAAAGAAUUCGAGCAAGUCGACUUGAAUCGACUGACAAAACUAUCGAAACUAAUAAAAAGUUUUGACACUUCUUAA